UCUUAAAACAGAUUAAGUUGGUUCUGUGUGUCAUAGUUUUGACAUGCCAAUGUAUUGCACGCCGAUGUCAGAGGUUAUCGCAGUGUUACUUGAGAAAGCUGCAUGUCAUAACAUCAUUUAUUCACAGGCUUCAGAUUGGCUAUUGUGUUGACACUACACACUCCAACUCAUGGUUUCUCGAGUUCCGUUAUAACAGCAGUUUACGUCACACAAGUUGUUUUCAUUGCCGCUGACAGGGUUUUCUUAUCUUUUUAGGUCCCUAUGAAUCUGUUACACAUCUUGAUGUAACAGGAAGAUGGUCUUUUUACAGGGGGAAAGCAUGACUCAACCCCUUAUAAAAUAUAACUGAUUGGGAAUUGCUGAAUGAUAAUCACUGACUGCAGCUCGUACUUAGCCACCUUUUAUGUCAGUCAUCAUUUUGAUGUGUGACUGAUCUUGCUCUGUUUGUGGCCGGUGGAUGUUUUUGUGAGAUGUUACUCCUCUCUCUGGAACCAAUCAGUGGCAAGGCCAGAGGUCACCACUAUAUCAGCUCUGCAGUCAGACAUAACUUAUUCGAAAACAGCUGCAACAAGUAUUCAGAGGUUUUACAGCAGAACAACUUUUGAAGACAUUUUAAACUGGAUUUCAAAGCAUCUUCUGCAGUCAUGGCACCGAUUUUACUUAACUGUAUGGGGAGUGACCACAGUGAGUAUAUCAAACAACAUGUCCAAGUGAAAAAUCCCUACUUGGACACCAUGGAGGAGGAUAUUCUCUACCACUUCAGCUUGAGCACCAAGACUCACAACCUUCCAGAAAUGUUUGGAGAUAUUAAGUUUGUGUGUGUUGGUGGCAGUGCAAAUCGAAUGAAGGCUUUUGCCCAGUUCAUCCACCAGGAGCUGAAACUGCCUGGAAACCCAGAGGAGAUCAGAGAUAUCUGUGAGGGAACUGAUCGCUACUGCAUGUAUAAAGUGGGACCAGUGCUCUCUAUAAGUCAUGGCAUGGGUGUCCCUUCCAUCUCCAUCAUGCUGCACGAGCUCAUCAAACUGCUCCACCAUGCUCAGAGCCGUGACGUGGUCGUGUUUCGCCUUGGAACAUCUGGUGGAGUCGGCCUGGCUCCAGGGACAGUGGUGAUCACGGAUAAAGCAGUGGACUACUCCUUCCGCCCCCAGUUUGAGCAGGUGGUUCUGGGUAAAGUUAUCAUCAGGAGCACUGAGCUGGACAAGGGAGUGGUCAGUGAGCUUCUGCAGUGCUCUUCUGAGCUUCAAAACAUUCCAACAGUGAUUGGAAACACCAUGUGCACCCAUGACUUUUAUGAAGGUCAAGGCCGACUUGACGGAGCUCUCUGCUCCUUCUCUCGUGAAGAAAAACUGGAGUAUCUGAGGAAAGCUUACGAAGCCGGAGUGAGGAAUAUUGAAAUGGAGUCCACCGUAUUCGCUGCUAUGUGCCGCGUCUGUGGCCUCAAAGCGGCUGUGGUCUGUGUUGCAUUGCUGAACCGCUUUGAGGGAGACCAGAUCACCUCUUCUCAUGAUGUUCUGGUGGAGUACCAGCAGAGACCUCAAGUCCUGGUGUCCCACUUUAUCAAGAAGCACCUGGGACUUAUUGUCUGAGACCCCUACGUCUCCCAUCCCAACCCCAGCCUCCCAAAUAGAGUGUAUAUAGGGUUGACUGAUAUGUGGAUAUUUAUAUAUACUGUACUUAACAUGUCAAUAUGUGUAUUAGAAACUUAUUUAAGAAGUUGUCAAGAUUUUUAUGAUUUCUUUGAUGAAGCUAAAAUAUGUUGUAUGUGGCAUAUAUACUGUAUAUCUAAGUUUGUAUUGUAUCUUUUAAUAUUUAAUAUUCUGGUACUUAAAAAUGUUUUCUGUAUGUUGAUUUUUUGUGACUUACACUUAUAAGUCUGCCAAGAAAGUCCACAACAGCUGUUUGUUUGUCUGUCUGUCCUUACGACAUCUCAAAAAAAAUUCAGAUUGUUCCUUUGGAAAAAAAACAACUGAUUAUAUUUUGGUGGCAAUCCAUGUAUGCGGCUUAUAGACAAUAAUCAUUUUAGCUAUAACUACAAAUCUAAUAGAUAUAGAGACAAUUCCAAAUUCUGAAGGGAUGUUUGUAGGAUCAAGAAAACCACUUCACAUUUACUGUACUGUAGGAUACUGUAUUUCUCAUGAGAUGCUGUAGAGUUUAAAACCUACAAUAAAAGUCAAUAAUAGUAA